GGCAAGAAGAGGAAGAGAGCAAAGGUUCCUGCAGAUGGUGCCAGAAAUCUAAACCUGGACUCCAUUCCGAUGGGCUUGCCAAUGUCCGACCCAACCGCCUGGGCCACUGCCAUGAACAACCUGGGGAUGGCUCCCAUGGGCAUGACAGGACAGCCCCUCCUGCCUGACUUUGAUCCUGCUCUUGGGAUGAUGACUGGAAUCCCUCCCAUCAACCCCAUGAUGCCAGGCUUGGGGAUAGUCCCACCUCCCAUCCCUCCAGACAUGCCUGCUGUGAAGGAGAUCAUUCACUGCAAGAGCUGCACCCUCUUCCCACCCAACCCACAUCUGCCCCCUCCAGCCACAAGAGAGAGGCCCCCGGGGUGCAAGACAGUGUUUGUGGGGGGCCUGCCAGAGAACGGGACGGAGCAGAUCAUCAUGGAGGUGUUUGAGCAGUGCGGGGAGGUCAUCGCCAUUCGCAAGAGCAAGAAGAACUUCUGCCACAUCCGCUUCGCCGAGGAGUUCAUGGUGGACAAGGCUCUCUACCUCUCUGGUUACCGCAUCCGGCUGGGCUCCAGCACGGACAAGAAGGACACCGGGCGGCUGCACGUGGACUUCGCCCAGGCGCGCGACGACCUCUACGAGUGGGAGUGCAAGCAGCGGAUGCUGGCCCGCGAGGAGCGGCACCGCCGGCGCCUGCAGGAGGAGCGCUUCCGGCCGCCCUCCCCCCCCCCUGUCGUCCACUACUCCGACCACGAGUGCAGCAUUGUCGCUGAGAAGCUGAAAGAUGACACCAAGUUCCUGGAAGCCAUCCAGACCUUGCUGACCUGGAUAGAGCGUGGAGAGGUGAACAGGAGGACUGCCAACAACUUCUACUCCAUGAUCCAGUCUGCCAACAGCCACAUCCGCAGGCUGGUGAACGAGAAGGCAGCUCAUGAGAAGGAGAUGGAGGAGGCAAAGGAGAAGUUCAAACUUGCUCUCUCAGGGAUUCUGGUGCAGUUCGAGCAGAUAGUGGCCGUGUACCAUUCUGCCUCCAAACAAAAGGCUUGGGACCAUUUCACGAAAGCUCAGCGUAAGAACAUCAGCGUGUGGUGCAAACAAGCAGAGGAGAUCCGAAACAUCCAUAACGAUGAGCUGAUGGGCAUUCGGAGGGAGGAGGAGAUGGAAAUGUCUGAUGAGGAAAUAGAGGAUCCCCCAGAGAUGAAAGAAACAGAAGAAUCAGCACUGGUGUCACAAGUGGAAGCCCUGAAGGAGGAGAACGACAGCCUGCGCUGGCAGCUGGACGCCUACCGCAACGAGGUGGAGCUGCUCAAGCAGGAGCAGGGCAAAGCCAGCAGGGAUGAGGACACAAGCAAGGAGCAGAGGAUGAAGUUUCUCCAGCAGGCUCUGCAGGGCAUGCAGAAGCAUCUUCUUAAAGUACAAGAGGAGUACAAAAAGAGAGAAGCUGAGCUGGAAAAAGUGAAAGAAGACAAACUGAAAAUGGAAUCAUUACUGGAGAACCUGAAGGAGCAGCAAAGCAUGGCAGAUGAAGAGGACAAGGAGAGAGAUGCAGCUGAUGGCCAAGGGAAUGAGAGCAGCACCUCCAGAGUCUGUGCCUGCAGCCAGGAGAAGGAGUGUCCAGCUGAGAAGACCUUGAGCAGUGGCCUUGUGAAGUCUGAACGAGAAGUCCUCUUAGUUGGAAUCAUCUCAACGUUCCUUCACGUGCACCCCUUUGGAGCCAGCAUAGAGUACAUCUGCUCCUACCUGCAGCGCCUGGACAGCAAAAUCUGCACCGCAGAGGUGGAGGUUCUCAUGACUCGACUCCAGAACACCUUCAGGCAGGAGCUGAGUGGGGUUGGGGCCAGCCUGGAGAAAAGAUGGAAGUUCUGUGGCUUUGAUGGGUUGAAAAUGACUUGAGCUUUGACUUAACUCUGGAAACAACAUGAUGUGUACACCAGGAAGCCCUGGGCCACCUCUUCCCUCUGCUCAUGGUGACUCUCUUGCACGCAUCACGGCCUCGGGUGGGAUAAUGUGGAAGUGAAACCAAGUCCAGAGCAGCACUGGAAGAAACCUCAAGUUCUGCAGCUUCUCUGAUGGCUUCCAUGUGAAGGGACAGGUGCUGCUCAAUAGAUUUUUGUCAGAAAAGUCCAUGUCUGAUGUU